GUCAAGAUUAAAAUAUGUUUCUUAUUAUAGCCUGAGAUUUGAAUAUUCCACUUUUACCUCCGGGUGUAAUAUGUUAAAAUAAUGUGCCCCAUGACAUGAAAUAGCUGGUGUUCUAAUUAUUUUUGAUCCACAGAUAAGUCGUACACUGCAGACAUUGUUCAGGGAAGCAGAGCCAUGUUUUUGUCACAUGAAGCAGGAGGAGGUUCACUCUGCAUAUGAAUCAGGUUCCAGCUUUCUCUUCUGCAUUUCUUCUCCUCCUCACGUCGGAGGCAGAUGCUCUAACAGAUGACAUGCAAAUGCACCAAGUCCUAAAUAAGAAGGGAGAAGCUGAAACCAUAAUUUAAAAAACAAAACAAAAAAAGAUCCGAAAUGAUCACAGCUCUGACUUCCUGAGGAGAAGUUUGAGGCCAAUAUUAGAUUCAGUUCAAACAGUCUUGAACUCCACAAUGAGGAAAUAUUUUAUAACUAUUGUCUGGCUGCUGACAGUCAGUGGAAGUUUACCUUCAGAAGUGGAGCAUGAUGGAGCUCCCCUCACCAUUCCUUGCAGCAAUGCACCAGUGGGCCAAACAGCAUACACUGGAGAUUCUGUUUCCUUCACCUGCAAAUAUCCACAAGCCGAUCAAAACAGCAUCAGACUCUUCUGCAGACGCGAUGGAAACUUCAGCUGCACCAACAGAAUUUCAGCGCAGCUUUCAAACUACACCAAACUGGCAACGAGUUCCCUCAGCGACGACAAGCAGGACGAAUUGUACAAGGUGACCAUCCCCAUGGUGACUCAUCAGGAUUCGGGCAAAUACUGGUGUGCCUUGAAAGAAGAUGAUUUCAUCGCUUGUUUACAGGAAGUCGACCUCCGUGUUCUGAACCCAGUUACCGUCCAGACCUUUCCCGAAAAGGAAGAGCCACCACGACCACAACCACAACAACAACCACUAGUGAAGACUAGGUCCAAGAGGGAUUCUGAAUGUGGUUCUCAUUGUCUCUAUGCCUGUUAUUUGUGGUCAUUUUGUUUAGAUAGUACCACAACAUCCUCUGGGGAAUCAUCAGAUGGUGAUGAAGGACUACCAACAGGGGUGAUUGCUGGUACUGUGUGUGGUGUCGUGAUCUUGGUGGUGCUUGUGAUUGUCUUAAUUCUGUGCAGACGGAAACUCUGCAACAGACAAGGGGAAACAUCGGAGCAGAAGAUUAACCCAGUACAAAGCGCAGAGAGAAAUGAUAGAGAUCACCAAUAUGAAGAGAUACAGACGCAGAACAAACAAGCAAACACAGUCUGCACUCUUUAUUCUACGGUGAACCCACCUGCAGACCAGCUGCACUACGCCAGCGUCAAUAUCCAGGACACAGAUCACGCCACUGGUGGUGAUCAAAAUGCCUCUGCUCAUCCUCCAGCAGAGACCACUCUCUACUCUACCGUCACAAACCUUGGAAAAUAGAGCAGUCUAACUUCCUGUGUGUUUUUUUUUCUGAAACAUGUAAAGAAUCUGAUCUUUUUCUGGGUACUUCACAGUAGCGCCCUCAAGGGGGGCAGAGAGAGCGACCAUUGAAAAAAUGCUGGUGCCCCCAACAAAUUUAGUUCAUGUCAUGUCUUCUUAAGUGACGACAUAAAUGUAAACGGGCAAAGUAAACGAAUAAAUGAAAUUCUAUUAUUUUUUGUAGUCCCUAAAAUGGGCACCCUAUGAGAAUUUUCAGGGGCGCCACUGAGACGUGGAGAAAGGCCGCUUCAAACUGCUGCAAGGGUUUUAAAGAAGGAAUGUCUUGCGUCAGGAAACCUUUUGAUUUCUUACACGCCUAACCCAAUAGAGAAGCUGCAGGAGCAUCAGCUCCAGCCACUUGUACGGGACGGAGAAUCAAGAGGAGAGCAAAUCCAGUACUAUGUCCAGCUGAGCCUGAAACUUAUUGUGUCACUGCCACUUCAAAAGGCUGAUAACCGUAUUGUCUGCAGACUUUAUGGGAUGGUGGUCUUGGGAUGGUGGAAUGUACAUGCUGAUUCUUUGUUUUGUUUGCUUGUGAAUAAGUGGAACUCUGCAGCUCUGGAGUCAAAAACUGCAUCUGGAGUUUUUAUUUUACUAAUUUCAUGCAUUAAUGUCUAUUCGUUGGCUUUUUUGUCUUGAUUUAAGACAUCUUGUUUGACUUUGAUCAAGCAUUG